AUGGCAGAAGCUGCAACAAGACAGAUCACCCAGGGCGCAUUGGAUCUGAUCUUCACCGAUCCCGAUGCCGCCAACACCCAGUUCCCCGUACCGGUCCUGCAAUGCCUUCAGAUCAAGCCUCUCGCGGCUCAGCCCAAUGCUGCUGCCGGAAGCGAGCGGUAUCGUGUUGUCCUCAGUGAUGUGAAGAACUACGUACAGUGCAUGCUCGCCACCCAGGCAAACCACGUCGUCCACGACGGAAAACUCCAGAGAGGCUCGAUCCUGCGUGUCAAGUCGUACCAAGCGAACUCUGUCAAGGGAAAGAACAUUCUUAUCAUCCUCGAUCUGGAAGUCAUCGAAUCCCUCGGCACGCCAGACAAGAUCGGAGAGCCGGUAGCCUUCGAAGCAAAACCCGAGGGUGCCGCCGCUACGGCUACCACUAUCGGAGGCUCUGGAUUCUAUGGCGUUAAGACCGAGGAAUCCAAGCCUGCUGUGCCGAAGUCCCUGCCUACUCGGACGGGCGGUGGUGAGAACGGCAACAACGUCGUCGAGCCAAUCGAGGAGAUUACUCCGUGGAAGAGGAGGUGGGCCAUCAAGGCACGCGUCUCAAGCAAGUCGGACAUCAAGACAUGGCACAAGGCGAGCGGUGAGGGAAAGCUGUUUAGCGUAAACCUGCUGGACGAGAGUGGAGAGAUCAAGGCCACCGGCUUCAACGAGCAGUGCGACCAGUUCUUCAACGUUCUGCAGGAAGGCUCAGUCUACUACAUCUCGAGCCCCUGCCGAGUGCAGCUGGCCAAGAAGCAGUUCAGCAACCUCCCCAACGCCUACGAGCUCACCUUUGAGCGCGACACCGUCAUAGAGAAGGCCGAGGAUCAGAGCAACGUGCCGCAGAUCAGAUUCAACUUCUGCAACAUCCAAGAGCUGCAGGACGUGGAGAAGGACGCGACGGUUGACAUUGUCGGCGUGCUGAAGGAUGUUGGCGAGGUCUCCCAGAUUGUCUCCAAGUCCAGCGGCAAGCCAUAUGACAAGCGUGAGCUCACGCUUGUCGACGACAGCAAUUUCUCUGUCCGCCUUACUAUCUGGGGCAAGACGGCGACCAACUUCGACUGCCAGCCCGAGUCGGUGGUUGCCUUCAAGGGCGUCCGCGUCUCAGACUUUGGCGGCCGGUCUCUCUCGCUCCUGUCCUCGGGUACCAUGGCCGUCAACCCCGAUAUCCCCGAGGCCCAUCGCCUCAAGGGCUGGUACGACGCCUCCGGCCGCAAUGACAACUUUGCCACGCACAACAACAUGGCCUCUAUGGGAGGCGCCACCGGCCGCCCCGACGACACCAAGUGCAUCCAGCAGGUCCGCGACGAGAACCUGGGCAUGGAGGACGUCGCCUACUUCACCCUCAAGGCCACCAUCGUCUACAUCAAGCAGGAGAACUUUGCCUACCCCUCCUGCCUCAGCGAGGGCUGCAACAAGAAGGUCACGGACAUGGGCGACGGCACCUGGCGCUGCGAGAAGUGCGACAUGAGCCACCCGCGGCCCGAGUGGCGGUACAUCAUGUCGGUCAACGUCAACGACCACACGGGCCAGCUGUGGCUCAGCUGCUUCGACGAGACGGGCCGCGUCAUCAUGGGCGGCAAGUCGGCCGACGAGCUGACGGCCAUCCGUGACGAGAACGACGAGCGCUUCGGCCUGGAGUUCCAGCAGGCUAGUUGCCGCAAGUUCAGCUUCAGGUGCCGGGCCAAGAUGGACACCUUUAACGAUGCUCAGAGGGUGCGAUAUCAAGUCAUGAGCGCUACGCCCAUCAACUUUGUGACCGAGGCGAACAAGCUCUCGGAGCUGAUCAAGCAGUACCAGAUUUGA